AUGUUCUGCCAAAAGCACCAAAGAAGUGAAAGUUUACCACCCACAAGCAACAGCUUGCGACACCACAUUGAACGUGCUAACUACCAGGCAUAUGUGUGGAAACACUCCUUGAAUGCAACACAGCAACUCCCGUCGCCAGUCAGCAACGGAUGGAAGAAAGUGGAUGGUGUUUUGGAACCACUUUUGAUGUCCAAGAAUCCAGCACCACAAGGGCUGCUUGAACUGACGACUUGCAAAUGUAACAAAUCUGUCUGCAGAAGGGAUUACUUGUGUCCUUGCAAAGCCCACGAGAUGCCCUGUACAGAGGCAUGCCUUUGUAUGAAUGAUGAAAGUUGCCAAAAUCCUCACAAGCCAGCUGAUGUAACACCUGGAAGCAGUGAAGACGAGCUAACAGAUGCUGAAGUUUAG